UCUCCACUCUCUAACGUUACUUGGUUAGUGUAUUAGUGUACGAACGUUUGAUGAAUUCAGUUAUAUUUUUCGUCUUUCACAUAAAAUAUUUUUGCUUUUAAAUAAUUUAAUUCGAUUACCAUUGUAUUAUAAUCAUGCGUGAAAUUUGUCACUUACAAGCGGGUCAAUGUGGAAAUCAAAUCGGCGCAAAGUUUUGGGAAGUCAUAUCCGAUGAACACGGCAUUGAUCCGACCGGAUCAUAUCAUGGAGAUUCUGAUCUACAACUAGAACGAAUCAAUGUCUAUUAUACCGAAGCGCUUGGUGGUAAGUAUGUACCUCGGGCAAUACUUGUGGAUUUGGAACCGGGUACCAUGGAUUCGGUGAGAUCGGGUCCUUUCGGUCAAAUUUUUCGACCGGAUAAUUUUGUUUUUGGACAAUCUGGAGCUGGUAAUAAUUGGGCUAAAGGGCAUUAUACGGAAGGUGCAGAGUUAGUGGAUUCAGUGUUGGACGUUGUCAGGAAAGAAGCAGAAAGUUGCGAUUGUCUGCAAGGAUUUCAGCUGACCCAUUCAUUGGGCGGCGGAACUGGUUCCGGGAUGGGCACACUUUUAAUAUCUAAAAUUCGAGAAGAAUAUCCGGACCGUAUUAUGACCACAUACAGCAUUGUUCCUUCUCCCAAGGUAUCGGAUACCGUGGUGGAACCGUACAACUCAACGUUAUCCGUGCACCAGCUGGUCGAGAACACCGACAAAACGUUUUGCAUCGACAACGAAGCGCUGUACGACAUAUGCUUCCGGACGCUGAAGCUCACCACGCCGACUUACGGUGACCUCAACCACUUGGUGUCGGCGGCCAUAUGCGGGGUGACCACGUGCUUCCGGUUCCCCGGGCAGCUCAACUCCGACCUCCGAAAGCUGGCCGUCAACAUGGUGCCGUUCCCGCGUCUGCAUUUCUUCAUCACCGGGUUCGCGCCGCUCACGUCCCGCGGCAGCCAGCAGUACCGCGCGCUGACGGUCCCCGAACUGGUACAGCAGAUGUUCGACGCCAAGAACAUGAUGGCCGCGUGCGACCCGCGCCACGGCCGGUACCUGACGGCCGCCAGCAUAUUCCGCGGCCGCAUGUCCAUGAAAGAGGUGGACGAGCAGAUGCUCAACGUGCAGACGAAGAACUCCAGCUACUUCGUCGAGUGGAUACCCAACAACACGAAGACCGCGGUGUGCGACAUACCGCCCAGGGGCCUCAAGAUGUCGGCCACGUUCAUCGGCAACACGACGGCCAUACAGGAAAUGUUCAAGCGCGUGUCCGAGCAGUUCACGUCCAUGUUCCGGCGCAAGGCGUUCUUGCAUUGGUACACCGGCGAGGGAAUGGACGAGAUGGAGUUCACCGAGGCGGAAUCCAACAUGAACGACCUGGUGUCCGAGUACCAGCAGUACCAGGACGCGACCAUCGACGAGGAAGGCGAAGGAGAUGACGACGACGAGGACGCAGAGGCGUAAGCGCGAUGCACCCGCUUACCGACGUAACCUGUUUUCAAUUACUACUACCUAUACCAUACUACAUUAUAAAAGUUCAACCGAAGACGUUGCGUUUAUGAUACGGUAUGCGUUUGGUGUGAGUAUGUAUAAUAUAUAUAUAAUCUGCACAGUGCACGUGCGCAUGAAAUACCUAUAUGUAUAAAAAUUUUAUAAAAUAUUCUGUCUACUCGUCAUAAUAUUAUUAUUGCUAUCAAAAUAUAUAUAAUUAAAAUUUCA